CGGGGAGUAAAAUUUAAAAAAAAAAAUCAUCCAAUAAAAAAGUUAUAAAUGGCUUAAUGCAUUUAUGUGUAUUCAAUUGGACCACAUAUGCAUGAUGCAUUGAUGCAUCUCAAAGACGCAUCAGAGUUGAAUAAUUGAACAAGUGAAAUCGGAAGGUAAUGCAUUUUUCGUUCCGAUCUAAUCUGGGGUUCGUUUCCGGAUGCUUGUGCGUUGAGCCUUUGACAGUCCGGAGAUGCUGGCCGAUGAGGCAAAAGCCUUGCUAGGGUUUUCCCCAGAUUGUCGCCCCUCUCCAUCUCAGGUUAAAACUGCUUAUAGAACAAAGGUAUGGGAAACUCACCCCGAUCGCUUUCCUGCUCAGGAAAAAUCACGUGCAGAGUAUAAGUUCAAGAUGAUCUCAGAAGCAUACAGUUGCCUACGCUCUGGUGCAAGAGCACAAAACUCCUCAUGUGCGGACACAUCACACUCAUAUGUUGUGCGGACUGGAGUUCCAAGAACGCACGGUAGGAGGGGGAAGCAGCUACUGGUUGGGCUUCCAUUCCUCUUGGUCAUCUUAGGUACAUUUUCACUGGCAGGAUCAAGUGUGGCAAGGGCUUACAGAAAGGAAAAACAGGCUCAUCCUUCUCACAAUCCUUUUCUUCCUUGAUCAAGCAGCAGCUGGAGGUGGCAUAUCUAUGUAUAGAAUAUACAUCGACAAAUAACAGACUUGGUUUUGAUUGACUAUAUGUUUGACUGCAUUAUGGGUCAAAUUGAUCUAUGUAUACCUUACCGGAAGAGUUCCCUAUAUAUAUAUAUAUAUAUAUAUAUAUAUAUAUAUAUAUAUAUAUAUUACUUCGUGUAUAGUAAUGAUCAAUGCAGGGAAUGGUCCGAGUAAUGAGGUGGAAUUACUCAUGCUUUUCUAUAGUCAAGUUUCCAAUCAUUGAGCAUUGGAAUACAAUCUCCAUUAUGAUGCACACUUCUCCUAACUAGACCUGGACUCGGGCCGGGCGGCCCGGCCCGGAACCGGCCCGGUUACUGUGAGGCCCGGCCCGGAGCCCGGUGGGCCCACCGGUUCGGCCCGGCCCGGCUGCUGGGCGGUUCGGGCUCGGGCCGAGGUUUUGGCGAACCGGCCGGUUCGGGCCCAGUUCGGUUCGAUGUUUAAUUUUUUUUUUUUUUUGAAUUUUUUUUAAGUUUUGGGUUGGAUUAGGUAUUUUGGGCCAUUUGAGGUGGUUUGGGGUAGUUUGGGGUUGAGGGGGAGGGGUUGGGGGUUAAAUAGAAGAGCCAAAAAAAAAAAAAUAUUUCCGGGUAGGCCCGGCCCGGCCCGGUUUGGCCCGGAACCGGAACCGCCCACCGGCGGUUCGGGCCCGGGCCCAACUAUCCUGGCCCGAGGCCCGGCCGGGCCCAGGCCCGAACCGGGCCCGAACCGGCCCGAGUCCAGGUCUACUCCUAACCAUUCCCUGCAAGUGUCACUAUUCUUUAUUAUUUUAGCAGAAAGGAAAACAAUCUUUUUUUUCUGUCUUUGAUUAGCUCAUUCACAGAAAGAUGUUUAUCUUCUUUGUUUACAAGAGAACAUUUUUAGUUCAAUUGUGAGUUGCUGAGUUUAUACUCGACUAUUGUUAUGCUUCAGAAGACUGGCAGUAU